GAUGAAAACUUUAGCAUUGGGCCAAGCCCAAUAGAACUAGACCAAACUGCCCCUCCAACACAAACUCGACUAUAACUGGUUCAGGUUCAGACACAAACAGAGUUUUAGUAGAAGUGCCCCACUUUCCCUCCUCAAUUGAAUCACACUCCUCAGUUAUGGCACUCCAGCUUAGAAGACUUGCGGCUGCAUUGGGAUACCCGCCACAACAAGUUCGAGCCUUGUCUCAAUUGGGCUUUGGAGCUUGUUACAGUUCCAUUGCUUCCUCUGACUCCUCUGAUUAUGGGGUUGGAACUAAACCCCAAGAUUUCCAAAGCUGGCCUAAUGGAGGUGGGUCUUUUCACAAGUCUGCCAGCAUUGACCCAACAGCUUUUGUGGAGUUUGGUGCUGUUGUGCAUUCGAAAUCCGUUGUGGGUGAACAUGUUUGUAUUGGUUCCGGAGCUGUUAUUGGACCUGGUGUUUCAGUUGGGCAAUCGACCAAAAUAGGCUACAAUGUUUCACUUAGUAAUUGCACUAUAGGAGAUUCGUGUAUAAUCCACAAUGGCGCAUGCAUCGGUCAAGAUGGAUUUGGGUUUAUGGUGGAUGAGCAUGGGAAUAUGUUAAAGAAGCCUCAGAAAUGGAAGGAUCUUAUUGUAUUUCUUCCUUGUUCUUCUCUCCAUCCAAAGAUGCUGAAUGCUAGGAUAGGGAACUGUGUGGAGAUUGGUGCAAAUACAUGCAUUGACAGGGGUAGUUGGAGAGAUACAGUUGUAGGAGAUCAUUCGAAGAUUGAUAAUUUAGUUCAGAUUGGUCAUAAUGUAGUUAUUGGGGAGAAUUGCAUGCUUUGUGGUCAAGUUGGGAUUGCAGGCUCAGUGACGGUAGGAGACUAUGUGACUAUGGGAGGAAGGGUAGCAGUUCGUGACCAUGUCUCCAUUGUAUCAAAGGUACGGCUUGCUGCUACUAGCUUUGUCACAAGGGACAUUAAAGAACCUGGAGAUUACGGUGGCUUCCCAGCUGUUCCAAUCCGCGAGUGGCGAAGACAAGUUGCAAUUCACAGUCGGACAUCAACAAAGCGGAACCCUUAGUAUCACCUUAUGCUACUAAGGCUCGUAUUGUGACAUGUAGGAAUUCUGACAGUCACUACUGCAAUUUGUUUGCUGCUCUACUAUGUGCCAUAGAAACUCCAUCAACUAUUUUGAUAUUGGUCGGUGAAUAAUUUUAAGCAGCUUUUUUAUUUUUUUUUAUCAUUAUAUCAAUAUAAAAGAAGCUCAGGAGCGAUACUUCUACUACAGUAACAGAAGAAAGCUUGCCGUCUUUACCUAUUGGUAACAAACCUUGCAAGUCUAGCACAUGAUGUCUCUUGCUUCCCCAUGUGUUGUAUCGAAUCCUAGUUAGUAAAGUCACCUUCAAUUCUGCAGUUGCAUUCGAUAUUGAAUUACGAACAGCUCUCCACACUUUUGGAUUGGCAUCCAUAUAAUCAAUCACUGUACGCCGUCUGCUUCUGCCAGUUCCUUGAUGAAAAGGAGGUGUGCCUAGCUGUGUGGCGAGGGAAAUUAAAGAACCCGGAGAUUAGGGUGGCUUCCCAGCUUUAAGUAUCGUCUUAAAAAUGAAAGAAAUGAACAUGCUCUUUCUUAAUGGUGCAGGGUGAUUGCUGUACUUGUGCGCAUGUUACUGAAUUGAUAUGCAGAUAAUGUACUUUCUUCUCUUUUCAGGUUCCAAUCCGCGACUGACCAACACAAGUGCCAAACUACAGUUGAACAUCUAAAUAGCGGAACCCCUUAAUAUAUAUCACUAGAAAGGAACCAGGUUCCACCCUUAUGCUAUUAAACCCAUCUAUUGUCAUUAUGAUUUAUGAGCUUGUGAAGAACUUGACUAUAUAUGCUUAGCAAGGAGGUAACUAUCUAGGAAUUGUGAUAUAGUCUUAUAGUGCAGUAUGUUGGCUGCAACAUUAUGCACUGCAGAAACUCAUGAAGUAUUAGAUAUUGGUCAAUGUAUACUUAUAAAUGCUGUUCUUUUAUUAUUACUAUAUGAAUAUAAAGAGGCGCGGAAUUGAUACU